AUGGAGAAUAUUGAAGAAGCAAGUAACAAUGUAGGUGUCAAGUCAAGUGAUCAAGUGGCCGACACUGAGAAUCAUUCAGAUCCAAAUCAAGAAGAGGACCCAAUUUUGGACAACAACUCCCAAAUGUUGGUUAUCCAGACUCCUCCAAAACCGUUCAACAUGCAUACUCGGGAAGUUGACGACAGUGAUGAUUUCGUUGGACAGGUCCCUCAAUGUGUUUCGUCUAGACCGACACAUGAUACAUCUGAUGGAGAAGACGAGGAUGACGACUUUGUCGAACCGGUACCUAUGUGUGUUUCGGUUGGUCAGACACAUGAAACUCCGGAUGGAGAAGACGAGGAUGACGACUUUGUCGAACCGGUACCUCAGUGUGUUUCGGGUGGUCAGACACAUGAAACUAUGGUAGGAGAAGACAAGGAUGACGACUUUAUCGAACCGGUACCUCAGUCUCGAAGCCGUGAGGAAGACGCAAGAAGACGUCGUGAAAAGGAUAAGGCUGAUGACGAAUCACUCAUGAAAUCCGUUAGAGCCGUUGAGCUAUAUGGAUUUGAGGAUGUAGAAGCUUCGUCUAACAACGAAGCUGUUAACGACUAUACCGUCGAUGAAAUUGACUUCACUCUAGCAGAUGCUGAUAUGUACACUGGGAAACUAUUCAAUAGCAAGCAAGAAUUCAAGAUCAGUUUGCACAUUUAUGCCUUAAAGCAGGUGUUCAGGUUCAAGUUCCACAAACAUGCGUUUAACUACGUCGCAGCGAAAUGCAUUGAUAAAAACUGCAAAUUUUAUGUUAUGGCUAAGCAAUUGGGGGAAUCUUCGGCAUAUCAGGUGAGGAAGGCGCAACUGAAGCAUGUCUGCACAUCUGAUGCUAAAGCGCAAUAUAAGAAACAUGCGACGUCGAAAGUAAUAGCUGCACUAAUGAGAUCGAAGUAUGAAAGGCUCCAAGCUGGACCGCGCGCAUCUGAAUUACCCGAGAUGCUCCGGACUGAGUUCUUGUUUACGGCCACAUAUUGGAAAUGUUGGAAAGCAAAAGAGUUAGCCACUGUGGCUGCACAAGGAACAGAAGAGAGCUCUUACAAGCUUUUGCCGAAAUAUUUUUAUGUUGUAAAGUAUGCAAAUCCUGGGUCCAUUACUCAUAUCAAAACUGAAAAAGAUGAUAAGGGUCAGACAAGGUUUAAGUACGCGUUCAUGGCGCUGAAAGCUUGCAUUGACGGGUGGAAGCAUCUACGGAAGGUUAUUGUGGUGGAUGGUACUCAUAUGUUUGGGAAGUACAAAGGGUGUUUACUAACUGCAAGUGGGCAAGAUGCCAAUUAUCAGGUAUUCCCUGUAGCGUUUGCUGUUGUAGACAAUGAAACAAAUGAGUCUUGGAGUUGGUUUUUUGAGAAGCUGAAAGAGAUCGUAGAAGAUGGCUCCGAUUUAUCUAUCGUGUCUGAUAGAGCAAAUCAAAUAUGUGUUGCUAAAGAUAAGUGGUAUCCUCUUUCACACCAUGGGUGCUGCCUCGUACACCUACAGAGAAACGUCGACGCAAAAUUCAAGAAAAGGAAUCAGAAGCAAAUGGUUGGCAGGGCAGCCGAGGUAUUCAAGAUAUCUCACUUUAAGAGACUUUACGCGGAGAUCAAACUUACAGAUAAGCGCUAUUGGGAUUAUCUUGAGAAGAUCGAUCCUAGGCAUUGGACAAGGUCACACUUUGAGGGCGAGCGGUACAAUCUAAUGAGCUCGAAUAUAGCUGAGUCUCUCAACAAAGCACUAGUUCCGGCGCGCGAUUCCCCGAUAAUGGUGCUAUUUGAGUUCAUCAGACGCAUGAUUAGUCGUUGGUUUGUGAGUAGACAGCGAAAGAUAUCGAAAAUGAGUGGUGAGAUCCCCCCGGCUGUUGACGAGUUGAUGGAGAACAAUUUAGAAGACGCAAGAGCGUACGCUGUGAUGCCUCUGUCUGCUUUUGAAUUUGAGGUAACUCUAAAAACAACCGGCUUCGGGAGUUCUGUUAAUUUGGAAACCAGGUCUUGCACAUGUCUUGAAUUCCAGAAAGUUGGAAUACCAUGUCGACAUGCCAUUGCUGCGGCUAUGUUUCGGGACUUGCAGCACUCAGAGUUCGUUGCAGACGCCUAUCUAAAAAAGACAUGGAAUGAAACAACAAAGGGUGUUACACUCCCGGUUCCAGAUCCGCAAGAUCUUUUCAUACCUUCGGAGGUUAGUGACCUUAUCAUGUUACCACCAAAGACGAAGAGACCACCAGGACGUUCACCGACCAAGCGUAAACGUUAUGCAGGAGAAAUAUCGGUACGACCUAAUCUCAUCUGA